AAGAGUCUCUGGACACCAUUAUGGAUUGAGAGGAAAGAGAAGGGAAGUCUGCCAUAACAAAGCCAGCUGAAGGUGGGAGAACCCUGACCACAACACACGCGCUGACUGACACACACACACACACACACACACACACACACACAUCACUGACUGGCAAACAUAGCCUUUUGUCUCAGAUUUUUCUCAAUCGAAGCAGCAGAUGGUUAGAGGGAGAGAAGGAACUCCCUCCCCCCCCACCUACGUGCACACACAAACUGGCACACACACACAUAUAAACACAUACACGGGCAAAAUACCAAGCCCAUCUUGGGGACUGUUUUCGUCUGAGCUGCUUCUGGUUCUGAGGACAUCACAUCUCCUUGGAUGAGGAAUACCCCUUGGAAGAUCAGAAAGAUUGGAGGAAGAGGAGGAGGGGGCGAAAGAGGAGAGGAGAGAGGGAUGAGGCUUGUGAAAAUCCUCGGUUAAAAAGAGGCUUUGGAGGAGGACAAAGCAAGUGACUAAUGCCUGCAAAUUACCCUCAUUGGACUAAGAGGACUCUGUCGUUCGCACUGCUGGAUGUCAUUGAUCUGAAGUGUUAAAGGUUCGGUACCGGACAGCAACUGAACCCAAGGGUCCAUUUUGAAAUAAGUUGUUCACGAUGGUGAUGUCAUCAUUAUCACUAAGAGGCAGGAGCACAUAAGGUUUGAAAUCCCAGUCCCAAUCCCAGUCCCAAAUCUCCCAAUCUGAACACCGGCAGGGGGGUUGAUCUAAUCCAGAUUGGGGAAUGCUGCACACGGACUGCUGAGCUGACAAACCUGCACAGCUCAAGGAUUUGAGGGAGAAAAAAUCUGCAAUCUUCAUGUUUUGUCGUUGGAGAAGCUUUUACACCCUUAACGUGGAGUCUCCUCUAGCCCCAGCCAAGUGACUUGUUUUGGGCUUGGAGCUCCAGAGAUCCAGGCUCCAGGGCUCCAGAGAAGUUCCAGGCAGCAAUCUUGGCUCGUGCCCAGGUCCUCUGCUCUUCUAAUAGGGCCUGAAUUUACUGGUGCUGCCCUGGGAGUCAAAUUUCAUGCAACCAUUCCAAUGGUGUAACGGAUGCCUGUGUGGUCUAGGUCUCCAGCGCUCUGAGAGAUACUGCGCAAUGACGUCCGACGUUUACCACCUCCCCCUGAACGUCUACAUCAUAGUUCUGGGCAUAGGUCUUUUCGUCUUCAUGCUCAGCCUCCUGUUCUGCUGCUACCUGUUCAGGUUGAAACAACAAGGCACACGGGAGCAGUUCAGCUACAACGAGGUGGUACUGAAAGGGGCAGGGAAGAAACUCAGCCUUCUCGGGCAAACCUGUGCGGUUUGCUUGGAGGAGUUCCGGACCCGAGAUGAGCUGGGAGUGUGCCCGUGCUCACACGCAUUUCACAAGAAGUGCCUGUUGAAGUGGCUGGAGAUCCGGAGCGUGUGCCCCAUGUGCAACAAGCCCAUCCUCCGGCUCCACACUGACACCCCCCAGGGGGCAGAGGGGCCCCUGGACCCUGAGGAGGUGUGAUGGGGGCCAGGGGGCGGGAGGACCAGGGCACCUCCCUGAAGACACACACAUCGAUACACGCAGAGGACGAUAAUGAUGAUAAUGAUGGUGGUGGUCAUCUUAUGGACAUCUCACUUGAGGGUUGAUUGUAUUCGUAAGUGGCUUCCUUGUGGCUCUUCUGUGUAUUAGCGAUAUAGCUGGGCAAUAUAGCUACGUUUUGAUACGUUGAAGAUACCUGUCUAGGUUUUCUAUGGUCAGUUAGAGGCAAGCUAGUCAAGAGGGAUAGGGUACCAUGUGUCAAAUUUGGGGGAAAAGGACCUCCAAUAGUCUAGCAAUGGGACUUUCAGUUUUGUUUGCGCCUGUCAAGUCCCCCUAGAUUAGUGAGAUGUGACAUAGGAAAGGGAGCCACUUUAGAAUAUCCAGUUUCUCCUCCCCUUUCCCUGUCAUUGGACAACUGGUUAUGGCACGGACAGGAGACCGCCAAUCACAAUCGACAUGCCAGGCGUUGUUAGUAGGUCAUUGGUCAGGAUUGGUGUGGAUACCUCUAAUAUCUCAGGGGUGUAACAAUACAGCCAGCACAAAGCAUCUCACAUCAUAAUAAUAAUAACCUUGUGCCACACAUGAGACCUGGGACAAAUACUUGGGGUGUGCUCGAUACGUCACACAAUGUACAAUGAAACCGAUGCUACUGUAUCCCAAAAGUACAAACAAGAGUGGAAUCAAGCACACCCCAAACCUUUCCAAUCAUUUCAUCCACGUAUUCGACCUAGGUCUGAUUCAUAUCCAGUAAUGCUGCCAACCUGUGUAAUGCUAUACUAAGGGGAAUUUAAACAUAUGGCUAGCUAAUACAACAGAUCAGUUCAGUAGGCCAUACAGUUCUGAUGUAGACAGUUAUGUACUAUGUAUGUCCAGGUUCACUCGUUCUAAGACUGAUAGAAAGCUAGUCUUGCCUGUAUGUGUGUAAUGUGACCCUAUAUUGUCAUUUUGUAUCGUUUGUUGCUUUUAAAUAAAAUGUAAUGUAUUGUACUGGA